AUGGCCAGCCCACGCUGGAAGAUCGCCAUUGAGAAGGCGUUGUCACAAUACAAAAAUCAAAAUGCGAUGCAGGUCGCAACUCUCGACUUCUCCAGCUCCCUUGGAACCAUCCCCCGCGCUCGCUCCCAAAUAUUCCGCGACUGGCUCGAGAGUCCGCAAAAUCCCUCGCUCCCCCUCCUCCUAUCCUCAACAGACAUCCGCACACCCAAAGUCUCCCAGCUGACUGCUUCCUCCAAAGCCGAAGUCGUCUGGUGGAUCGAAGGCACCGUGCAACAGUUCCGCAUCAUCGCCGACAUCUACCUCGUCCCCCAACCUACCCAUGCGCUGCACGCCCACUUCCUCGAUGUGCUCUCCAAGUCUGAGCACGGGACGGGCCUGGCGUUGUUUAAGGAAGAAGACUGGGAGGCUCGGCGCGUCGCACUUUUCAAGACGAUGAGCGCGCAUAUGAAGGCGAGCUGGUGCAGACCCACGCCUGGAAGUCCGUUGAAAGGUGGUCAGGAGGAGGCAAAGAAGUGGCCGGAAUGUGUCGACAAGCCAGAUCCGGAUGCGGGGAAGGAGAAAUACGAGGAGGCGAAGAGGAACUGGGAGAUGGCGUUGGGGAAUUUCGCAUUGAUGAUUAUCGACCCUAUCGAGGUCGAUUUUGUGGAUUUGUCAAGUCCUCCGGACAAGAGGACGCUUUUUACGAAGAUCAGUGGGGGCGAGGGAGUCCAGUGGGAGGAAACAGAAUUAGUACCCUGA